UAUGACUAAUAAAAGUGUAAAUAGAAUAGCAAAAAUACAAUUCGAAAUAAUUUCAGUAAAAAAAAUUCCCACAAAAGCAUCCAACUUCAAAGUGUGCAAUGACAAAAUACACAUAUACUUCAGAUCCUUUCAGCGAUAAUACGAUAAAUACGAGAUAUAGUAGUCAUAGUAAUAGUGAAAGAUAGUGAGAGUGUCGACCUUUACAAAUGCAAGAAAAUGUUGAACAAAAGAAAAAGCUGGAUAAAAGCAAACAGAAAAUGCAAGGCAACAAGGAGAAAACGAAAAAAACGAAAACCGUCGGUAAAUAUAAUAAGGAAGCUCCACCUACGACAGAAGAACAAUCUUGCAGAAAUAGAAUAAGUUCCAGUAGCAGUAACAGUGCGAAAUCUUCUAAUAGUGAUACUUCUACUGCAGAUAGUGAUAUAUCGAACAGUGAACAUUCAGUACCGAAGAGCGUUGAUUUAAAGUCGGGAGAAAAUGCUGAGGGAAACGAACCACAUUUAUACUUGCCACAAACGUCAAAUAUUAGGUUAACAGAAGCCACAGAGUCCACAACAACCACAACAAACACAAGAACAACAACAAUAGCAACAACAACAACAGUUACAACAUUAACUACAACAACAGUCGCUAGUGAUAACUAUGAUUUAGAUAAUAGCAGCCAUUCGAAUAGUGAAAGUUCAAGUUAUUUGGACGGAAAUUCAACCUUAGAAGUAGAAGUGCCCAUAGAUCCGCAUGUUUGGAGCUCCAAUCACAUAAACAGUUGGGUUAAAUGGUUAACAAAACAAUUUAAAAUUGAGCCCGAACCAGAUAUAACACGCUUUCCAACCACCGGUGAGGAAUUAUGCACAUUAAGCCGCGCUGAUUUUUGGGUCUGCGCAGGAUCAAGCUAUGGAGGCGCUAUAUUCGCAAAACACUUCGCUCUCAGUUUAUAUCAUGCAACAGGCAGAGAAACUAGUCCAAUGUUAACCGAUAACGAGCCAAAUCCAUAUCAGCUUUUAAACGCUGCCUCGCAUCGAUUGGUCGCACAGGGUUCAGGGCAGAUACAAUUGUGGCAAUUUUUGCUGGAACUUCUUGCUGAUUCGUCGAAUGCAUCGUGCAUUGCUUGGGAAGGCACCAAUGGCGAAUUCAAGCUUAUCGACCCCGACGAAGUCGCAAAGCGGUGGGGUGAACGCAAGGCCAAACCCAAUAUGAAUUACGAUAAACUUAGCAGAGCUUUAAGAUAUUAUUAUGAUAAGAAUAUAAUGACUAAGGUUCACGGGAAAAGAUAUGCCUACAAAUUCGAUUUUAAUAGUCUAAUGGCAGCAUGUCAGGCUCAAGCACAUGACACAACUGCUACAAUGUUGAGUUCCUACAAACAUCAUCAUCAUAACCAUCCCAUAAAUCCCACAUAUUCAACACAUCAGCAUCUUCAUUCUCCAUCAUCAACGACAUCGUCCAGUUUUGGCAUUCCGUCGCCAUCUUCUUCCAGUAUGAGCAGCGUUAUGCACUCAAUGUGUCCAACAAAUACAAAUUUUCUAAUACAGCCAACGACAAGUAUAGCGCCCCCAUCUGCAUCUGCAACCGCACCUCCACCACCGCCCAUGCCACCAAUGCCAACAACAACAACAACUACAAACACCAAUAAAACAACAACCACUACGAAUAACACAAGCUCGUCCUCAACUAUGCUCGCACGUACAUACUGGCCGUAUUCGCCACCACAAGCGUUUGAACCUCGCCCAUCUCCCAAUUCAUACAAUUAACUAAGAUGAUUAUUUUUGCAAUUAAUUUACAAUUAUAGAAAAAUUAUUCAUUAUUUACUAUCAUAAAUUUUCCAAAACCUACAACCACAACGGAAAAAGGUUACAUACAUGCCACGACCUUUCCACAGAGUACAAGUUUUAUGCAUCUUUCACCAGACACAGACACUGUAAGGAAGGUCACACUAUAAUCUCGCAAAUCCUCCAUUUAGCAACCUUAUAAAAUAGCACAACAGUUCACAAAGAUGUCCUUGCAAGUAAUGGGAAAAAUUACAUUGCUGACCUUCCUACGAAUAUAUUUGCUUCGUUUUCUCUACGUGCGAGUCCACGUAAUUUUGGUUCACGGCGUGAGAAUGGAUGAUAUGUUAUCGGAAGGAGUGGGAAAUUUACUAUUUGCAUUGAACUCUUAUUAGAUUUGAUUUGUUAAUUAUAAUAUAUAAAUAUAGUUUCUUUACACAUAUCAGAUAUUAUUAAAUACAGCUCAUCAAUAAAGAGCAAGGGGAAGUGCACAAAAAAAAAACAUUCCAUUUGGAGCUGCAAACCAUAGAACGGAGGAGUUUAUUAACUUUUUCAAUGCCAUUCAUAAUUAAGAAAAACAGUUUGGAAUAUGAUGAUAUUUAGAAACCUUAAAUCCACGAAGAUUUUAACACUGUAGGAAACUAAAAUACUACAGGUUAUUUUUAAAAGAUUUCAAUAACAAAUGUCAUUUAAAAUUGGGUGCACUCCGGCGAUUGUCUUCCACAAUGAGGAUAUUCAGUAACGUUAAAAAAUUAGACUUUUUAUUGUAUUUUUAUUUUUAAUCUUUGAUCUGAAAAAAAAAAUUGUA